AUGACGUGCGAUUUCCAUGCAAGCGCCUUUUCAGUGUUAGAUAACGCUCAAACAAAUCAAAGAUUGUGGGAAUUGGAUCAGACUGUCGUUAGACACUUGCACAAAGGUACGCAACUUUGAAGGUCCUCUUUCCUCAUCUUCCAAGCACACAUUGUACCUUGUAGGAUUGCAAGCCAGAUGAUGAGCACAAAGGUAGGAAGGUUGUCUCAUUCACUUCAUCUUGUUCUCCCUACUCACAUCAUCCUCACUUCCAAAUAUGGCAGCUAAUAGCAAUGAUGGAGAAGCAGUAACCUCAAAUGGAUCCACAAGCACAACCAACACCACUCGCAAGAAUAGACCAUUACGAAGAAAAACAUCCCACAGCGUGAUCGAACGAAGGAGACGAGAGAAGAUCAAUGAAGGUCUGAUCAGCUUACAACAUCUCGUGCCAGCAUGUAGGGAUGAAUUGCAUGAGCUUUUGCUAUCAAAAGCACAAAGUAAUAAACGUAAUCUCAAACGAUCAAAACAAGAAGUUGAAAAAGAAGUGGAGGGAUUAUUGCAACAAAAGAUUGAAAGUCAAAUGGUUUUAGAAAAGUUGUGUAUCAUCAGUCAUACGGUCGAUUAUGUUCGUGAAUUACAAGCAUCUUUGGCUGCUUAUCGUAAAAUGUGUGGUUGUUCGCCACCUUUGGCUGCUCAAGAUGGAGCUGCACCUGCAAAAACUCAUGGACAAGUUCAUCUGAUGGACCCAGAAGGGGACGAAUAUCUGAUUAAGGCAGGGAGCAAACAUGCUGAUGGUUCCGAAUCAUCUCCCGAAGCUGAAGAAGAUUGUAUCAAAUGUACGAUCAGUCGUGCUAAGCGAAGACGGCACUGGGGAAGCAAUCAUCCGCUCCAGCUAGCAACCGUUCAUACAUAUGACGGUUCAUCCUCCAACACGCAAGAGCAUCAAUCACGUCUUGAGCGUCCUCGUCGUAAAGCUGCUCCUACCCUACACACGAUGCGAGAAGAAAGCGUUGAAAGUAUUUCUGAGGAUGGCGAAAUUUCUGCUAGAAGUCUGCCGAACACAGUCAAUCAAGAAAGUGACGAAAUCAUUGAUGGUGACAGUGAUGAUAAUGCAAGUGAUCUUGCUUUGGAUGAUUGGCAAGAACGUAGACAAAGUCAUACAGACAAUGGUCCAGUCACACCCCCUUUACCGUUCUCUGUGAGUUAUACGCAGCUGUAUCACACUUGCUCUCUUCGUGAUGAGCGUCACAAACAUGACAGACGCUUGCAAGAUGCUGGUCAAAUAAAUCUGGAAGAUGCAAACAUACCUGCCCCGAACAAAUCUAGAUCAUUGAUGCACCCUUAUGCAAGAAGCAGCAGCGAUGGCGAGCAGCAAAAUAUCGCACACCCUCCGACUUUCAGUCGAAAGCGCAGAGCUACUGAAAUUUCAAGUUAUGCCAAUGAUGACUACGGCACGCAAAAAGAAGUGAAGAGGGGAAAAUCGAUUGAUUCAUCGGACAAGACACUGAACAACAAAGAGACAUGUACGGAUUGCAUGACCCCGAACACUUACAUCAUGGGACCGAAGCUUGGACCCAAUCACCGCAAUGCUGUCCGUCAAACUUCGCCGAGCGAUCGACUUUUGCAUCAUUCAGCUGAUGCGAAUCGAUUGGACUUACUAGCAAAUGUCGUCUCACGCAAUUGAUCUCGAGCAGGUCUUUAAUGAUGUACAAUUUUUGUACAAAUGCAAAAUGAAAUUUGAUGAAUACUUUUGCCCCUUCCAAAAACACUGCAUUGCCGAAGACUUUGUGUAGCUAAAAGGGUUUGAAUACGGACGCCCUCAGCUGUGCUGAUGUACAGGAUUUUAUUAAUGAUGUGAAUGGUGGUUGAAGACCAGGCAUGUGAAACAAAUCUAUGUGACAAACUGUAGAUGCUGAUCUACUGAUGAAUGAUUGGUGUAAGUCGUAACAAGAGUCUCAAGAAAGGCGUGUGUGUCGAUCAACACAACUUU